AUGGCAUCGGGAAGAAAUGAGACUAAUUUUGAUCCAAUGAAUAAUCUUGAGUUUACUCUUAUACCGAAUCUUAUUCAAUCUUCAUCGCCAAGUGAAGAAACUAGUUCGCCUGUUCUCUAUGAUUACAAUAUAUCGGAAUCAUUUUAUGAAAUUGAUACUGCAGAUUUAAAUAUGGCACUUUAUGGAGAUCAAUUAUUCAGUGAUAUACUUAACAAUAUUUUGGAAGUUAAUCAACUUGCCCCACCUAGCCCUCAUACGGAUGAAAUCAGUGAACUAUUGAUGGAUAACAUAGGAGUAUCUAAUUCAACAGAAUCUAAUGAUACGGCAAAUCCUGUACAAACUAUGGAUGAACAAUUAGCUAUGAAUAAACCAAAUUAUCCAACAAUGCCAACUACUCGUUCGCAUACCGAAAAAUCAUCAAUAAAUAAUCAUACGAAUCAAUCAAUAUCAUUAUCUGAAUCCGUUGCUGUUACUGUUCCAACACCAAAUCAAUUAAUAUUAGUGCAUCCAUUAGAAAAUACAUAUAAAGCACGAUAUAAAAGUGAUUAUUUCCCACAAACUGGUAACGUUCGACGACCACGCUAUGUUUCUGAUAAUGCUAGCAAUCAUUUCAUUACACUACAGUUGCCAGCAGGAUAUCAUCGUGAUUUUACACAUGAAUAUAUUCGGGUUGCAUUAGUAACAACAUUAAUCAAUAAUCGCGAACGUUAUUAUAGUCCAUAUAAAUUUCAAACAAAUCAUGAUGAUGCUAAAGUUCCCGAUCAAAAUCCGAUUUAUAUAUCAGUAAAAAAAAAUGAAGAAAAGGGUUGUUUGAAAUUGUAUCUUGUUUUAAUUAAAUCAAAACUAGAUCAACUUUAUGAUGCUCAACCGUUAAAACCUUUUUCAGAUGUACUUCAUCAUGUUCAAAAUAUAAUCGAUGAAGAAAGACUAGCAUCAAAAGAAUUAAUUACUAAAUAUCAACUAGAUAAAUCACAUAUAGCGUUUACAUUAUGUACAAAACUACCAAACGGUACAUAUGAUGUUCAUCCUGAAACAACAAUUAUUUCAUCAGUUAUAACAGAAACAUCAACAAAACCAUCAGCAACAACAACAACAACAAAUAAUAAAUCAACUGCAAAAAGUAAACCAAAAACAGUUAGUUGUCCACAUUGCAAGCAUUGUUUUGAUCCAACUGAUGCUGUAAAUGCAACGAAGAAAGAAACGAAACGAAAAGCUCCAAGUGGUACAAGAUCAAAAACAACAAUUAGUACUCGGGCUAAUAAAAAGAAAAAAAUGAAUUAA